AACAUUUAGAGGCAGUUCUUUAAGUACAGCAAAGAGCUAAUCUCAUCCUUUGGUACACAGCAAAGAUAGCGAUAGUCUCCCUUGGGAAGUGGGUGAAAGGACUUCUGAGGAUAUUUGAUAGUAAAUGGGAGACAAAUUCCUGGACCAUGUACUAUACAGAAAGGCUAGCUGGGCUCCAUGUUGAAUUGCUAUGAUGGCUCCUAAUGAAAGAAAGACUCUGAGGGCAGCCAGAGCUGUCUUUAUCUCCACACAGUGGAAUUAGAAGUUGUUAUCAGUCCUUGGUUGGUUGGGAACUGUGCUGUUGGGGGGGAGGGAGCGGUUUCAAGGUUCUGGACAAUAGGAUGCAUCCACUGAUUGUUGUAGUCCCCUCCCCAUGUUAACAGAGUUGCUCUGCUUGGGUCAGGAGGGAACUGUGGCCUUUGGCUUUCUCAGUGGGUGCUUUGAGUGGAGGCAGAAAGGGAGAGGAGUGGAGCAUGUCUUGCGUGUGCUCCAUGUGAAAACAUUCUGCCUGCACAGCUGUGGCAGCUAAGGGCAUGAAAAGAUCAUUCACCCCUCCCUGGGACAGGGCCAGCAGAGCCCCUCACUGUUGAUGCAGCUGGGGUGACCAAAAUGGUUGCUGCUGGCUUAGCUCCUAUUGUAUGGGGCAUCAGUAUAUCCCUGCCAUCAGGAAAAACACUGCUGGUGUGCACCUUGUCUGAUGAGGGCUCUGCUGACUUUGUCUUUCCUCUUGGGUCCCAGGGCUCCCUCAAGACUUACUGUGACCUCUGAAAGGGACAGAAGGGGAGUCUGAGAAGGUGCUAGGGCACAGAGCAGAGGCGUGGAGUAUAGGAAGGAGUAGGGUCCUCCAGAUGGGGCCAAGGGCCUCUCACUGGGUAGUGCACAGAAGAGGUACUGAUGUUUCACAAAAUGUAGGGGACUGGAUCACCAUUAUGGGGGUGCAAAGAAACAGCCCCUGUCCUAGCUGAUUAGUCUUGGUAUCCAGCUCCUAUAGGGUACAUCCCUUCCUUUCAGCUGCUGAGGAGAAGAGGGGACAGCUGCUUUGGGCAUGUGGUAAAGGACCUUGUGGAAGAAGCUCAACCCCUCUGAUUGCAAAGCUGGUCUGAGUCGAGUGCCCUGAUGUUGGGAGGCUAAAGGCACUGCCUGAAGGGGAGAAGGAAGCGCCUGGAGUGGAACUGAAGGAGGAAACGAUAUUCCUUGGGAAGGAUUUGCACAAAGGAAGGAUCUCCAUGCAGGCUUCUCCUGUGGACUUUGGUCUCACAGCCCAUGGGCACAUUUCCCCUAGGUCAGAGCAGGCCUCCCUUCUGCUUGCUCAUGGUGUUGCCCAUGGCUGAUCAUCAGGCUGAAAGCAGUCUCCUGUGUGUUGGAAGCUACCUGCUGGGGAGAGGAAGAGAGGAGGUGCUGAGCAGUAACACAAAAAUGGGCUAAAUGGCCAGACUGCCAAUGGCAGGGAGCACUGCUGGGGGUCUCGGCCCCUACGAUGGGGGUUCUGCAAGCAGCUCCCCUACUGGUUUAACCUGCAAUGGCCUCAGAUGCUGGAGAACAAUUUUGUGGUGAGAAGGAAGUGGGUUUCAUGGUUCUCUUGGCUAUUACAAUGUAGCUGCACCGCCUUGAACACAACUAGUCACCAGAGCCACAUUCCUUCCACCUUGUGUAUCUUGUGGGUCUGACCCAUUGGUCCCUGGCUCACACGGGCUGGAACAUCUCCUUACCUGUUCUUAGCUUGGUCUAGAGCCACUUGGGCAGGGGCCUGAAUCCUGGGAAUGGAGCAUUGCAGAGAGAUAGGGGGUGUCUGCCUCUCUCUUGAGUCUUUGGGGCUCAGGGUCAUGGGGUUAACUCUCCUGGCAUGGCCCCUUGCAGGCAAAGAUAUGCCUGGUCCAGAACUGGGCAGGGCCAGUGCAGUGGAGGGGCGGAGCCUGUGGUUGCCAGGCACCCAUUGUUGUGUGCGGGGCCAUGCAGUGCUGCACCCAUAUGGUGGUGGCCAAGGUGUGAGGAGCAGGAGCAGCGUGAGCCCCAUGGCAGUCUCCACUGAGUCCUCCUCACUGCCCUGCGGCUUCAUCAAUGCAGCCAACCGGUACCUGAGUGCUGAGCCCUUCCGCUUCCAGGUGAUGGCCACGAGCUCGGUGCUGCGACCCUCCCAGAUCUGGACACUGAGCUUCACAUCCGCACAGGGGGCUGGGGCAGCGAGGCCUGUGGAGGGCGGGCAGCCUGUGCAUCUGCUCAGCUCUUUGAAACGCUUCCUGGCAGCCGAUGCCAAUGGCAAAGUCACCUGCAAACAAGAGAGCCCGAACUCUGGCUGCCUUUUCUUGCUGUGGCAGUACCCAGAUGGCAAGGUGUCGCUGCAGUGUGAGGCCACCAAGCGCUACCUAGGUGGGGCAGAGGACAACAUCACCUGCUUUGCCCAAGCCGCGAGUGAGGGUGAGAAGUGGAGCCUGCACCUGGCCCUGCACCCCACCAUGCAUGUGCAGAGCCCUGGCAAGCAGCGCUACCUGCGCUGCGAUACACAGACAGGGCGCGUGCGCUGCGACCGUGACCUGCCCUGGGGUGCCGAUGCCAUCUUUACCCUCCAUUUCGACCUCAAAGAGAAGAAGUAUGGGCUGCGCAGUGGGGCAGGGAGCAUGCUGGCGGCUGAUGGGUCAUUGGUGGAUGAUCCCUCUGCCCACUCACUCUACACACUGGAGCUGCAGGGCGGCCUAGUGGCCCUGCAGGAUGUGGACGGCAAGUAUCUGACAGAUCGGGAGAGCGCUGUCAAGACCUUCAAGAUAGACAGGCCUGGGCGCGAUGAGCUCUUUGCCUUGGAGCCCAGCCCUGCUCUGGUCUCGCUUCGUACUUUUUCCAGUGGCCGCUAUGUCUGCUGCCGGCCAGGGGCUGAUGUCUACGCCAACACCAUGUCUGUUGGGAAUACGGAGCUUUUCCAGUUACUGCUGAACGAUGCCAAGCAGGCCUGUUUCCGCAGCUUCUCUGGUGCUUACCUGGCCACAAGCCCCAGCGAUGGUAUGGUGAGCUGCACCAACCAGUCCAAGCAGGUGUGGUUUGAGCUCCAGUACAAGGAGCAGCAGGUGACACUGAAAGCAGCUGAUGGCAGAUAUGUGGCCCUAAGGCCCAAUGGGCAGAUCCUACUGUUGCCUGAGGGAGCAGUCCAACAGCAGCGUCAAGGACCUCCGGUACCCAGUGGCUUUACCCUUUCUGCCUUGGGAGCACCACUGCUGUUGGCAGGAGAGCUCGGGUGUGCCCCCUCACCUCCGUUUCCGUGCUGGCCCUGUAUCAAGCUCCACAUGAUGUGGCAUUUCCAGGCCUUAUGGCCUUUGCCCCAUGCCCCAAGCAGGCCUGUCCAGGCAGUCAGGGCUAACCUGUGCCUGCAGGCAAGAAGGAGGAGUUCCUGCUGCUGCUGGUGAACCGGCCCCAGCUGAUCCUGCAGAGCGAGGCCGGCUUCGUGGGCCGGAGCCCCGGGACACAGCGCCUGGACGGGAACCGCCCAGCUCCUGAUGUCAACACCGUGACACUCAACGAGGACGGC